AUCUAGAUCAUGAAGCCUUUGCCUUCAUGACCCUGCGCGAAAAGCCUCAUUCUUCUCCCCAAUUACCCCCUAUUAGGGUAUUACAGAACCAAUCUCCAGCUAGGACAGAACUUCUCCCACAAUGCGUAUCUCAACACUUCUCUUCCUAAUACCCCUUAGACCUGCAGCUGCGGCGGUGCGGCCAGACACCACGCCGCUAGCACUUAAAAUGCUCGACAGCAUCAUCGCUCGCGAGCAAGGCGUUGUAGUAGACCCCUCGGUAAAAACGAGUGUGAUCGAGGGCGGGCUGCUCCUCUUAGGUAUAAGUGAGGUGCUAGAGAACAUGCCUUUGACCCAAGAGCUGGACGAGAAGUACGAGUCGUAUUUGGAUCUAGUUAUGUCUGGUCUGGUUCCAGUUCUGCAGAAUGUGACGGUCGAUGUGAGAAGUCCGCUGGACGAGUUUAGUGUUGGCACGCAGUUUAUCAAACAAUAUCAGAAAACGGGGAACCUGACUCUGCUAUCAACUAUCCAGACACUCCACCAAACCGACCUCCUGCGUAAUCGUCAAAGUGACGGCUCUUACUGGUACUACGUCUACCCCAACGUCACAACGCAAGACGGUCUCUUCUCCAUCCCCUCCUUCCAUUCCGCCUAUGCCCACGAGUUUGAUCCCAACAACGCCCUUACCGCCUACCAGACUUCCGCGUUGCAAUUUUCCAAUAUAAUUGAUCGGUGCCUCUCUCACUCUACCGGUGGUCUUCUUUACCAUGGCUACGACCCAACUCGUUCAUUCCCUAACUGGGGAAACCUUACUUCCCGCGGCCAUUCUCAGAGCAUCUGGGCCCGUGCUGUCGGAUGGACAUGCAUGGGUCUUCUCACCACGCUUGACGUGAUCCCCGACGUACCAGCUACGGCGGCUAUACGGAAGGAACUGCGCGGAAUCUUUGUGCAGCUUAUGAGUGCGGUCGCUCGUGCGCAAGAUGGGGCCUCUGGGGCUUGGUGGCAGGUGAUGAAUUUCCCAGGCCGCCAAGGGAAUUUCCUUGAGUCGAGCGCGACGGGGCUUUUUGCGUAUGCCUUGCUUCGCGGCCUACGGCUGGGUUACUUGGGCACAGAGGAUGGUGAUAAGUUCAGUGCGAGGCAGUACAGACGGAGUGCGGAUAGGGCGUAUGACUGGCUGGUGAAUAAGGCACUGCUCGAGCUGGGAGAUGGGACAUUGGGGUAUAAUCUUACUGUGGAUGUGUGCUCUAUUAACUCGACGACAGCCUUUGAUUUCUAUGUUGCUCAACCGCUAAAGCCACAGAGCCUACUUGGUGAGGUUGGGUUCUUGCUCACUGAUCUCGAGAUGCAGCUCGCGAAGAAAUAAAUGUCACCGUAAGGAGUCAAUGUUUUUAGGAAAGAUUAUCUGCCAUGGCGGAUAUUUAGCGUCAGCGCGGCCGAGCCGGGAACCCGUUGGGUUGCGGCAUGAGAGAUAAAUAAAUGGGGCGGAGGGCUAAACGCCGCGGGAUGUAAGCGCAGGAGGUAUUACUUUUGUAUUCUUGGAUAUACCGCUAUAUCAUCCUCAUUCCCUCUCAUCUACCGAGAGUUGGACAGCACCAUAGCACUAUCAAAACGCACUAUCAGGGGCUCAUCCCACCCCCCCACGUUCCCGUCUUUACAACUCCCCCAAACGUAUUCCCAGAGAGCGCGCCCAUUUUCGUUACUCCGUCUCCCCACCCCGGCCAAUAAAAUACGCCGCUUCCCAAACCCGCUCGCAAAAAAACACAG